UUCUUACUUCCAUCAAAUUCUCCAUCAACAAACCCCCGGAAACCGACACCAGUACACCACCAAGCCCAACGCCUGAGUCAGCUCCAACUCGCUCAUCUCCUUCUUCCGGCUCCCUCACUGAUGGAGCCUCGAAUUCACAAAGAACCCUCAAUCUCUUACACUCUUGCUACGCACUCUCUUCCUCUAUGCCUCUGCGCCGUCGCAUUGCUACCGCUCUCUUACUCUCCGCAUUACGUUGCCGCGUCGCUUCCUCUUUGUCAUCGCUCGUGUGUGCCCAUGUCUGCCACGAAAUUUCGUUCGGGGUCAGCUAUAUGCGAUGGAGCAAACUUGUUCCUUGUGGAUGUCUCAUCCAAAUUAAAGAAUUUUUUAGGAACUCAUGGUGACUGCAAAACCAAUUGUUAUAUAUCCAAACAGUGGGGAAACUGACAAUGCUGACCUUAAGGAGUAGGUGCUAAAUUUAUUUCAUAUGGUUGUACUAUUACAUUUUAAAGGAUAGGUAUGUCUACUUUGUCUUAAAAAUUGAAGAAAGAUCUAUUAUAGAAUAUAAGUAUCAAAAUUAUCAUAUAAAAAAUGAACCACUUGGACUCUGGAAAUUAUUCUGCUUUAAUUAAAGUAAUUCAUAUUUGUCAAAUAAAAGAAAGAAGCCGUAAAGGCAAACUUAUGGAAAAGGGUAAAAGUAUAUAGGUGUGUGCCUAUCCCUUCUCUUUUCCAUUUUGGUGAAAUAAUUUUAUUCAUUUUCUUUGAACUGUACAACUGAUUCUGAUUGUUGUGUCAUGUGUGAUUUAUCAUUUAAAAUAUAAACUUGCUCAUAAGUAGGAAUCUUAGUGUAAGUGGUAGCUUGGUACUGGUAUGGAAUGACAGAUUUCACAUCCUUUUAUUAAUAAUCUAGUAGGAGUCUUAAUUGUUGAGAUUUCUUAGGUGGUUUAGGUUGGUCUUCGUCAUACUUAGCCGUUGACAUUUUCUUUGCUAGAUCUAACUUUUGUAUAUUUUCUGACUUUUCAAUUUGUAAAAUAAACCCAGAAGAUGCGAGGAUAAUUAUUUUCACUCUUUCAAAUCUUUGUCUGGUAUUCUAUUUAUUGUGAAAUUCAUUUUCAUGCUUUUGUUACUGUUUAUGACUAUUAUUCAUGUGAUAGCAUUUAUAUGAAGAUCAACAAAUCCUUCAACUUUUAGAAAGAAAAGUAAUUAAGGACGAGUUUAUUCAAUAUCCCUUCCCUAUCCUAUGGUUAGAUGAGAGCCAUUUGCAUCUUCUGGAUCUAAAUGUAGUAGGAUGCGGAAUCGAAAGCAACACCUCAUUAUUCACAUCAAUUAUUAGACUUUAUUGGAAGUAAAUUAACACUUGAUAUGAAAAAAAGGUUAAAAUAAUAAAAUAUGCAUGAAAGAGCGGUGAAGAAGAUGUGGCCAUUACACAUGCAUUUGCAUUACACUGUUUGGAGAGUGAGAGGAGGGAGAAAUAUUCCUUUUUUAUCUCUACAUUUAGAGUUGUACCAUCAAUUUAGUUCAGCAAAUGAACCUGAGAAAUGCAGCCAAUGGCACAACCAAGUAGAUACUUUUAGUAUAUUAGUAUAUUUUCAUUUUGUCAUAGCACAAGUUGAGUGGGAGAAAGUGAAAGUGUUUUAUGAACAAAAUAACCUUAAGAAGCUUAUAAUUUGUCCAAAUAGGUUUUCACAUCAUUCAGCCAAACAAAUACUUUGUAGUAUUUAUCCUUCUCUUUCAAGUUUCACCUAUUUGGCAGAGUGUGAGCAUAAGGCUGGUGUAAAUUAACAAUAAAAAUGAAAGGAAAAACAAUCAUUGCAUUAAGAAGUCUUCUUAGUCUCGGAUUAUCUAGAUUCACAAGUAUAAAAUUGCAAAUCAACUGUUCAGUUGACCCUGAUUUCUAUAUCUGAGUCUUUAUACACUGCUGAAGGAAAGGUUAUAAACUUCUACAUAAGGGUUUGAAUGCUUAAAAAGGGUUAUGUAGCUAAUGAUGUUUGGGGGAGAUUUUUUGGAGACAUUAUCAUUUGGAAAUGCUUAGGGCAUUGAAAUUGUGCAUCAAAUUUCACUGCUUUUCUGAUGAAAUGUUUUCUGGUAUGAUAAUUCCAUCAUUUCAUGUUACAAUUAUGCAAAUAUACGAAUAGGACAAAUACAUUGAUACCUGUGGUUUCUGCUUUCCUAAUUGCAUGAUUUGUAAUCGCAUUUCUAGCAGUGUGAGGAAAGAUCAUUCUUGUUAGGGAUUGGUUGUGGAGAAUCUGUUACUGCAGUUGCUGGGUAAAUAUCAUGGUAAUAUGUCUGAUGAUGUAAUAUUUUUAUCUUAAUGGAACUGGGAUCUUUCUUGCAAAGUGUAGUUACGAGAUGGUAAUGUUUCUCUUUUCUUUAACACUCGAAAGAGGCACCAUGAUGAGUUAGAAAUGUUCCAUGGGGUGGGAGUGGGAUUUUUUUAGGAGUCCAAUCUUUAGUAAUUGACAUUUGUAACAGAGUUUUGAAAAUUGAAUGUUGUAGUAGUAGUGGUGUUUUGAAACUGAUGUCAUUGUUCUGUUGAACUUACCUCUGGAUAACCACUUGAAGAUGGCCUAUGAUAGUGGGAAGGGUGUUCCUUUGUGAUAUUGUUGAUUGGCGCUUUGAUUUUCAACUGCUUGAGAGUACACAUCAUUUACAAGGUACUUGGUAAUAAACAAAGCUGAGGACCACGCCUAGAUAUACUCGAUUAAUUGCCCAGCAGGUAAAUCCAUUUCGUUUUCAAAUUAAAAUCAUCCAACUGCCAUUACAUCUUGUGUAUCAUAAUAACAAAGGGAUUGCAAUUGGGUAGUGGGUUUUAGACCCCCAAAAUAAGAAUGACAAUUGACAAUUGUGAUGAGUGGAAAUAAUAUAUCCUUUAUUUCUAUGCCUUUUGCAUUA